UCUAUGCCUUAGAUGACGACUGACAGUUGUCAGUUUGACAUUACGUUAAUAAAUAUUUAUUUUUUCGUUUCGUAUGUAAAUACUUAUAUUUCAGGGUCUGAGAGUUCGUAUUUGGUGAAUACUUACUGAAAAUGGUGAAUUAUUGUUGCGUUACUGGGUGUGGGCGACAUAGUAGAAAAAAUAAGCUAUUGAAUUAUUACUGUUUGCCAAAAGAAGUAGAAAGGCAAAUCGUAUGGCUGAAAGCGGCUAGCAGAGAAGAUUUAUUGGCAAAAAAGCCAGAAAUCCGUAUGAAGUAUUACAGAUUUUGUUCUCGUCACUUUGCCCCUGCUAGUAUAAAGAAUAAACAUUUGUGCUCCGACGCGGUUCCCACUUUACAUCUGCCUGGAAGCUUGAAAGAAGGUGAAUCAGAUGAUGAGGAGCAGGUAUCUCACGAGAACAUUGUGUGUAAUAGCUGCCACAACACUAUAUUUGGGUUCCGGUACAAGUGCAUCACAUGUGCUGAUUAUGAUCUCUGUCCCAAGUGUGAGAUGCUGGAAGUCCACUCAGAGCACUACCUUAUCAGGAUUCCCAAAAAGAUGAAGUUUAAACUUGCUGAUGAUUUGGCCAGACGAUGGCAGAAGUUCUUCAAAUCUGAACAUGUCACUCCAGACAGCAGUGCUAUCAUUUGUGAAGAAAGCAGUGAUGAUGAACCCAUCACGAAGUACGUUAAAAACUAUGAUACCGGCAUUGAAUUAACUGAGGAAAUAAAGAAUAAGAUACGUAAUGAAGUGACAAGAAUACUGGACAUCCCAUUGAACACUCCAAAUCCUGAAAAUAAGAAUAAGAAGAAGAGAGUAGUUAAGAAGAGACCAGCACCAGAAGUAGAGAAGGCAAGUAAGAAACAGAAGAUUGAUGAUGCUGGAGUGGUGCCAGAGGUUGCGUUUGCUGAUGUUAAUGAGUUGAAUAAUCAGGCUAUGGAUGUUAAACUAGAGAUACCUGAGACAUUUGUACCAGUUCCUGUAGAGCCUCAACAACCAAUGCUGCACAUGAAAGUCAGUGAUGACCUCACAGAGCUCAUGAUCGAAAUGAACGACCAGAAAACUAUCUAUAAGUUUUAGGGAUGGCCACUUUUUUUUUCAUUUAAAUGUAUAACGUGUAUAAUUGUUUUAUCAAACACAAUAAAAAAAUAUCCUCAUCUAAU